AUGCUGGCGUCUCGCUUUGCUCGCGCGCUUCCGCGCACUGCUUCCCUCCCUCGCGCCCCCGUCUCCAGAAUCCCCGGCGCUGCAUUCCGGCGAUGGAACUCGACGGAAGGUGGUGAGGAGAAGGUCAAGGGCCAGGUCAUCGGUAUUGAUCUGGGUACCACCAACUCCGCUGUCGCCGUUAUGGAGGGAAAGUCGCCCAAGAUCAUUGAGAAUUCUGAGGGUGCCCGUACCACUCCCUCGGUUGUUGGUUUCGCUGAGGAUGGUGAGCGGUUAGUCGGUGUUGCUGCCAAACGCCAGGCUGUGGUCAACCCCGAGAACACUCUGUUCGCUACCAAGCGUCUCAUCGGUCGCAAGUUCACCGAUGCCGAGGUCCAGCGUGACAUCCAGCAGGUUCCCUACAAGAUUGUCCAGCACACCAACGGCGACGCCUGGGUUGAGGCCCGUGGCCAGAAGUACUCGCCUUCGCAGAUUGGUGGUUUCGUCUUGACCAAGAUGAAGGAGACUGCUGAGGCCUACAUGAGCCGGCCCAUCAAGAACGCCGUCGUCACUGUUCCCGCGUACUUCAACGACUCUCAGCGCCAGGCUACCAAGGACGCCGGUCAGAUCGCUGGCCUGAAUGUCCUCCGUGUCGUCAAUGAGCCUACCGCCGCUGCUCUGGCUUACGGUAUGGAGAAGGAGGCCGACCGCGUGGUCGCUGUCUAUGAUCUGGGUGGUGGUACCUUCGAUAUCUCGGUUCUUGAGAUCCAGAAGGGUGUGUUCGAGGUCAAGUCCACCAACGGUGACACCCACCUCGGUGGUGAGGACUUUGACAUCACCCUGGUCCGCCAUAUUGUUGAGUCUUUCAAGAAGAAGUCCGGUGUGGACCUUUCGGGUGACCGUAUGGCCAUCCAGCGUAUCCGUGAGGCUGCCGAGAAGGCCAAGAUUGAGCUGUCUUCUUCGCUCCAAACUGAGAUCUCCCUCCCCUUUAUUUCGGCCGGAGCCGCAGGUGCCCUUCAUAUCCAAGAGAAGAUGACCCGUGCCCAGCUCGAGUCUUUGGUGGACCCCUUGAUCAGCCGUACGACUGAGCCCGUCCGCAAGGCGCUGAAGGAUGCCAACCUCCAAUCCAAGGACAUUCAGGAUAUCAUCCUGGUUGGUGGUAUGACCCGUAUGCCCAAGGUCACCGAGUCCGUCAAGUCCAUGUUCGGCCGGGAACCCGCCAAGUCGGUCAACCCCGACGAGGCCGUCGCCAUUGGUGCUGCUAUCCAGGGUGCCGUCCUGGCUGGUGAGGUCACCGACGUUCUGCUGCUUGAUGUCACCCCCUUGUCUCUCGGUAUCGAGACCCUGGGUGGUGUCUUCACCCGUCUGAUCAACCGCAACACCACCAUCCCCACCAAGAAGUCGCAGACCUUCUCGACUGCCGCUGACUUCCAGACCGCCGUGGAGAUCAAGGUGUACCAGGGUGAGCGUGAGCUUGUCAAGGACAACAAGAUGCUGGGCAACUUCCAGCUGGUCGGCAUUCCCCCGGCCCACCGUGGUGUUCCUCAGGUCGAGGUUACUUUCGACAUCGAUGCCGACUCGAUUGUCCACGUCCACGCCAAGGACAAGUCCACUAACAAGGAUCAGUCCAUCACCAUUGCCUCCGGUUCCGGUCUGUCGGACGCGGAGAUCCAGUCCAUGGUCGAUGAUGCCGAGAAGUACGGUGCUCAGGACAAGGAGCGCAAGGCCGCCAUUGAAGCCGCCAACCGUGCCGACAGCGUCCUGAACGACACCGAGAAGGCUCUCAAGGACUUCGAGGACCGCCUGGACAAGACCGAGGCCGAGCAGAUCAAGGAGAAGAUCGCCAGCCUGCGCGAGUUCGUCGCCCAGAACCAGACCGGCGAGGGCACUGCUACUGCUGAAGAGCUGAAGCAGAAGACCGAUGAGCUCCAGACUGCCAGUCUGACCCUGUUCGACAAGAUGCACAAGGCCCAGAACGAGCAGCAGCAACAGCAGCAGGGUGGUGAGCAGCAGGGCGAGAAGAAGGAGUAG